AUGUCUCGAGUCGAUUCUAUCUACAUAUUUUGUGAAGAUAAGUCAAAGCAUGCACAGUGGGCAAAAGACUGGCCAAAAGUAAAGGGUGUAUUUACCGAAAUCGAUUCUAUUUAUGAUGCACUUGAAAGUGAUGCACAUCAAUGUGACCGCGAUUCGACUACAGUUAGUGUAACAAGUGGAGAUUUGAAUCGUCUCAAUCCAUCAUUUAUGUAUACACAACUGCUCAAAGAAACUCUUAUCGAUAUGGCACAUGAAGAAGAGGAAAAGAAAGAACUUGCUGACUUUUGUCGACAGCAGUAUCAUGAAAAUCCGACUGAGUUAAAAAUUAUUGAUGAGUUUGAGCAAGAUUACCACAAAAACACAGCUUUAUGGUGGUACACUCGCGAAUGAUAUAAUAAUAAUAAUAAUAUUUUAAUUAAUAUAAAUGAUGAAUCAAAUCGUCGAUAUAUAGGAAAAACUUCAGAGAAUAUUCGUCGACUUCUUCGUUGGUUUGGAUGGAAAGCUGAACCACUACUAUCAUCAUUACCACAGCCACCACCACCGCCAACAACAACAAUUCAAAAAAUUAAACGUUUUUUUCUUAUGCCACCAUCAAUUGAAUGA